AGGACACCUGCCAACCUUUCCCCUGACUGUAAGGUGCCCCCUGGACGGACGCCCCUCCCCCCCUCGGGUCCUGGGGUGUCAGGAGGUUGUCUGGAGGCUGGGGACCAGGCUAGCUGUGUGGCAGGAUCGCCUGGGCAGUGAGCAUGGCCCUGGACCCAGGGACUCAGAAACCCUCCCGGGUUGGGCACGUGUCCCCUCCUUGGAGCCUUGUUUGACCUCCUGGCCCAGGCCAGGACAGUGGCUCCCCCGGCCUGCCUCCCUUCCCCCGGCCCAGCCCUCCCCCGUGGGCUGCCGUGGCCACUCGGGUCCGACGAGCUGGCAGAGGCGGCCUGAGCAGCGCCCGGCACCCACUGGACAGACAGGCCGCCGAGGCCGCCUGCGGCCCCCCGCAGCCCCCCUGCAGAAGCCGGGCUCCAGGGCACCAUGGCGGCCAAGCAGCCCCCACCCCUCAUGAAGAAGCACAGCCAGACGGACCUCGUGAGCCGCCUGAAGACCCGCAAGAUCCUGGGCGUGGGCGGGGAGGACGACGACGGCGAGGUGCACCGCUCCAAGAUCAGCCAGGUCCUGGGCAAUGAGAUCAAGUUUGCUGUCCGCGAGCCUCUGGGGCUCAGGGUUUGGCAGUUUGUCUCUGCUGUGCUCUUCUCCGGCAUUGCCAUCAUGGCCCUGGCCUUCCCUGACCAGCUCUAUGAUGCCGUCUUUGAUGGAGCCCAGGUCACGAGCAAGACCCCCAUCCGCCUCUACGGUGGCGCCCUCCUCAGCAUCUCCCUGAUCAUGUGGAAUGCCCUCUACACGGCGGAGAAGGUCAUCAUUCGGUGGACCCUGCUCACCGAGGCCUGCUACUUCGGGGUGCAGUUCUUGGUGGUCACUGCCACGCUGGCCGAGACGGGCCUCAUGUCCCUGGGGAUCCUGCUGCUCCUGGCCAGCCGCCUGCUCUUCGUGGUCAUCAGCAUCUACUACUACUACCAAGUCGGCCGGAAACCCAAGAAGGUCUAGCCGGCCGGGGAGCUGCGGGCCUGGCCAGGGUGGCCGUGGGGCUGCGUCCCCUUUGGCUCCGGGGAGGCAGGAGGGGCCCCUGCUCCUACCCAGCCACCCCAGGCAGCCUUCCUUCUCUCCCGGAAGUCCCCAGACGUGGUGACCUCUGGCCUUUGGGUUUGACAUGCCAGCUUGGGGGGGAUGGGGCCUGUGUGCCCCAGUCCUCACCGCACACAGUAGCACCUCCUUCCCUGGGCACUCCUGACCCCAGGUCCCCUCGACAGGCACCGGCUGAGGAUCGUGGUCACAGCAGCGAGGGCUGAGUGGGCUCCUCCCGGGGGAAGCCCCCCUCCCGAGGGAGAGGCUGUGGGCUGCCACCCCCUGACCCCACCCAUCCAGGGCCCGAGCAGCUGAACCCGACUUCUCUCUCUGCCUGGAGAACCUGAGGACUUGACCCUGGCCAGUGUGCCUCAGUCCGGGCCCUCCGCACACGGGCCCCCGCACCUGAGCACGCAGCCCCUCCGCAGCCCCGCCGAGGGCCAGGGGGGCUUUCUCUGAGCUGAGCUUUCUGCGAGGAUGGGCCACCUGCCGCUGGACGCUCUGGCCCCUCCCCAGGCCUGUCCACCUGGGUCUCGGGGGCCUUGCUCUGGGCACUCUGCCCAUGUCCUCUGCACACAGAUGGACACACGGACUUGUAAGCUGUGGGCUUAGAUAUGAGGAAGAAAACACUUGGUAUCUCCUUGUCCUUUGGCGUGUCCCCCUGUCCCAGCCCCUUGUCCCCCACUCCUUCCCCAGGGUGCUGCUGCCUGGCCCCUGGCUGCCCCUAGCGUGGCUGGGUGGGCUCGGUGCCCCUCAGGCUCUGCAGGGGCAGUAGGUAGAAGCUUCCCAGCCUCCUGUCACCUCCCCCUCCUCCCGAGUCGCCCUGGAGACGGCUGUCGGUGGCCCCUGGCGCUGUAGGGCCUGGUCUGGUUCCACCGUCCUCGCCCCCCAGCGCUGCCUCCCUGCAGCACCCAGGCUGCCUGAGGGGUGGGGCAGUGUCCCAGGGACAGGUGUGCAGAGCCCCAGCCCCGGGCUGGCCUGCCUCCCUUCUGGGGACAGCAGGGUUGGCAGUAGGUGAGGUGGCCUGCAGGUGCGGUCAGCCCAGCUGCUGCCACAGAGAUGGUUGCAGGUGCCCCUCUGCCUGGGGACCCUCCCCUGCCCAGUCUGUGCCUAGCGUCCCGGUGGCCUGUGUCCAGCAGAGCGGUGGCUGUACCGGGUUACGUAGCUGGGGAGAGGGCCUGCUGGUGGCCGGGCUGUGCUGCUGGUCGCCAUGGCCUGGCGGUGUGGGAGGGCGCUCUGAGUGGGCACCCGCUCCUGGCCCUGGCCCUUGGGUCUCCCACCUCCUGCGCUGAGCCUGGAGCCUGGGCCUGGGCCUGGGAGCCGCUGCCGCCCAGGGAAGGUGCCCCCGCCCGCAGCGGAGCUCGGCCCUGUCUGCGUGGACCUUUGAAGACCCAGCUGAUCCCAGUGGUGACCGCUGGCCUGUCCUCCCCAGAGCUGCUGGACAUGUGGGUCCCAUCCCUCUGGGGAGGCCCAAGCCCUCGCUGCGGUCAGGCCGCGGUGGCAUCUGCGUGGUGGGGGCCACCGGUCAGAGACACUGGGCUGCGGGGUGCAGAGGGCAGCUGGCCUUGCCCUGGGGGUGACAUGGAGGGUCACACGGCCCGGGUCACACAUCGCGCUGAGCCUGGGUAGCCGGGCGAGGGCACGGCCCACAGGAGGUCUGUGUGGCUUGGGGGCAGCAGGUUGGGGGGACAUGAAGACGGGGAUGACGUGUGGCUGGGAAGGAGGCCAUGACAGGGCAGGGGUGGGGCCCCGGGUCUCAGGAGGGAAGCCGGGGGCCUCUGCCUUCGAGCUGGGGGUGCCCGGCCGCCCCUGCCCGCAGCCCCCGCCACUCCAGCCCGGCCCAGGCCCCCCGAGUCACCCCCGUUGUUCACGGUCACUAUUUAUUCUUUGUUCCUUUUUCUUUUUGUAAGAAACAGUCACAAAAACCAGUGCAAAACCCUC